AAGUAGACAGCUGGAUGUCGAUGUUCUCUACGCACAGAGCAAGCCUUUGGAUCAGGACAGUCGUAGUGUUUUCCACUCUUGACACAUUGUCGACUCCAUCUCUGCAGUCUUUCGUUUCCUUCGGUGGUGUCAAGCAAAGUUCCUCGGUUUCCUUUACACAAGGAUCGUUCCAGUUGUUGUUCCCACGGCCCUAGCAAAAAGGAUUCUGGAUUGCGGUCGGCCUCAUCCCUUGUAACACAGUACCAGCAUCCCAGCACAAUUCCUCGGUUGUAACUGCUGCUGCGGAUAGUAUGUAUCGAACUCGGGUUCUCCGUCGUGCCACUGCGACGACUCGUACUCGUGGAGCCGGUAGCGGAAGUCUUUCCCCGAGUCGUUUUCGGCUGAGUCGUUGGUCAACUACGUUUGCGGCCCCACCGUUGGCCUGCGGACUUCUCUCUUGCGCGGCAGGUCUUUCACAGCAGUGCCACCAACCAAUUGGGCGGGGUUUACAUACGUUCCAUACUCCCGACGAGCAGCUUCCCAAGAGUGGAGGACCCGUGGGAGUGGAUACACCGCCCUUUACCAAGUUACUCGCUGCCAAUCGUGGCGAAAUUGCGACCCGUAUCAACCGCGCCGCGGCGGAGCUAGGGAUUUCGACCGCUGGCAUUUAUUCUUACGAAGAUCGCUUCACCCAGCACCGCUACAAAUGUGACCAAGCCUUUGAACUCGAUACCAGCAAGUCUCCAGUCGCUCAGUACCUAGAUAUUGACAAGAUUGUCGAUAUUUGCGUCAAGAACAAGGUCCAAGCGGUCCAUCCUGGGUAUGGAUUCUUGAGUGAAAACGAGACCUUUGCCAAGAAACUGGACAAUGCCGGUAUCAUUUUUGUUGGGCCGACGGUCCAGAACCUGCAAGCCUUUGGUGACAAGACUGCCGCCCGCAAUAUGGCCAUUGCCUGCAACGUCCCGGUCGUGGCGGGCUCGCACGACGCCUUUGCGACCGCCAAGGAAGCUUCCGCCUGGAUCAACGAUCCCGCCAACCAAUGCGACUAUCCCGUCAUUGUCAAGGCACUCAUGGGCGGUGGUGGCCGUGGCAUCCGUAUUGUGCCCACGGAGAAAGAUCUCAACGCCAUGUUUCAGCAAGCCUCCAACGAGGCCGCCAGUGCGUUCGGCGAUGGUCGCUGUUUUGUCGAAAAGUAUGUCGAAAAACCGCGGCAUGUGGAAGUUCAGUGUCUCGGAGAUGGUACGGGUAACGUCAUUCAUUUGUGGGAUCGUGAUUGCUCUGUACAGCGCCGGCAUCAAAAGGUCGUUGAACUGGCACCCGCCGAGGGUUUGUCGGAAGACGGACGUAACCAAAUUUUGAACGAUGCCGUGCGUUUGUUGCAGAAUGCCAACUAUCGCAACGCUGGGACGGUGGAAUUUUUGGUCGACAAGAACGGCAAGCAUUAUUUUAUGGAGGUAAACCCACGUGUACAGGUGGAACACACAGUGACAGAGGAAAUUACUGGCGUUGAUAUUGUACAGUCUCAAAUCUUGAUAGCCUCGGGUAAGACGCUUCCUGAGCUUAACUUGACGCAAGAAAGCAUUCCAUCGCCCAUGGGUGUCGCCAUGCAAUGUCGUGUAACGACUGAGGAUCCUGCGCAGGACUUUCGCCCCGAUACAGGAACCAUCAAUGUUUUUCGUAUGCCAGCCGGUAUGGGUAUUCGCUUAGACGAUGGUCCCGGCUUUCCCGGUGCCCGAAUUACACCUCACUACGAUUCGUUGCUCGUCAAAAUCACUGCCAAGGCUCGCAACCGCAAGGAAGCUGCUGCCAAAUUGAUCCGGGCCCUUAAAGAAUUCCGAGUUCGUGGAGUGAAGACGAAUAAGAGUUUUUUGUUGAAUGUUUUGAAACAUCCAGAUUUCUUGGAAGGAGUAGUUGACACGGGAUUUAUUGCUGCAAACCCGCAUUUGCUGGCGCCAUUGCGGGAGCAGGACCGCGCUCAAAAGCUGUUGUAUUACAUCGCAAAUGUUGUUGUGAAUGGUACGCCGAAGGAGCUUGGUGCCACUGGCGCGCCACCAUCAACGGUAGAUCCUAUCAUACCCGUAGUCGAACCGAAUUCUGGUCAGCAAAAGAAACCAUCUCUGAAAAAGAUUUUUGAUGCAGAUGGACCUGAUGCUUUUGCCAAGGCCGUUCGAAAUAACAAGGGAUUGCUAAUUACGGAUACUACCUGGCGUGACGCACACCAAUCCCUUUUAGCUACCCGCUUGCGCACGAAAGAUAUGCUCAAUAUUGCCCCUGCAACGACGGUUGCUCUAGCGAACGCGUAUUCGCUGGAAUGCUGGGGUGGAGCCACAUUCGAUGUUUCGUUACGCUUCUUACGCGAGUGUCCGUGGGAACGAUUGUCAGCGUUGCGCGAGGCUGUGCCAGACAUUCCGUUUCAAAUGCUUCUUCGCGGCGCCAACGCUGUAGGAUACACAAGCUAUCCAGACAAUGUGGUAUAUGAAUUCUGCCAGAUGGCGAAAGACACUGGCAUGGACGUGUUUCGUAUAUUUGAUUCUGUAAACUACAUUGAGAACAUGAAGCUUGGUAUUGAUGCUGUUGGAGCUGCUGGCGGUAUCGUCGAGGCAGCCGUAUGCUACACUGGUGAUGUCUCCAAUCCGAAUCGCGGCAUGUACAAUCUGGAAUACUACCUUGGCUUUGUCCGUCAGCUCCAUGGGCUAGGCAUUCAUGUUUUAGCCAUCAAAGACAUGGCUGGCUUGCUCAAGCCUGAAGCAGGAACAAUGCUGGUAAACGCGAUUCGACAAGAGUUUCCAGAUUUGCCGAUCCAUGUUCAUACACACGAUACUGCUGGAACAGGGGUCGCGUCAAUGUUGGCUUGCGCCAAGGCUGGAGCCGAUGCUGUCGACGCCGCAGCGGACGCCAUGUCUGGAACCACUUCUCAGCCUUCUCUUGGAGCUCUCGUUGCGAGUACGCAGGGAACCCAGUGGGACACUGGAUUGGAUCUGAAUCAAGUUCAAGCUGUAAAUGACUACUGGGAAGAAGCCCGGGGAUUGUACGCUCCGUUCGAAUCUGGUCAGAAAACUGGUUCAAGCGAUGUUUACGAACACGAAAUGCCCGGUGGACAGUAUACUAACCUUUUGUUUCAGAGCUCGCAGCUUGGGCUAACAGGGCAGUGGUCAAAAGUGAAGAAAGCCUAUGCUGCUGCAAAUCGACUGUUGGGCGACAUUAUUAAGGUGACACCGUCUUCUAAAGUAACCGGAGAUCUGGCUCAGUUUCUUGUCGCCAAUGACCUGACCGAGAAAGAGGUAAUUGAAAAGGCUGAAACUCUUUCGUUCCCCAAAUCUGUUGUUGAGUACUUCCAGGGUUACCUGGGUAUUCCACCAUUUGGAUUUCCGGAACCAUUGCGCACGAAAGUUCUCAAGGGGCAGACAAUCGAAGGCUAUGAAGGUUUGACUUGCUUUGAGGGACGUCCUGGUGCGGACUUGAAACCCAUGGACAUGGAAGCUGUGCGGUCAAAACUCGAGGAGAAAUGGGGAGGCCAGGCUGACCAUGGUGUACGUAACGUUGACAUACUCAGUCAUGCUAUGUAUCCCGCAGUGUUUGACGAGUACAAAGAGUUUAAGAAUGUAUUCGGCAAGCUCGACUUUCUGGAUACCCGUACGUUCUUGACAGGAAUGCGGGUUAAUCAGGAACUACGAGUAGAAAUUGAACCAGGCAAGCAACUAGUGAUCAAACUGGACUCGGUCUCGGAACCGGACAAGGACGGCUUGGUAACGUUACAAUUCGAGCUGAACGGUACCCUCCGUACCGUCCAAAUCCAGGACAAGUCGGUGGACUCUGAAAAGGCCGUCCGGCCGAAAGCGAUGGCCGCAGUUGCCGGUAGCGUUGGAGCUCCUAUGCCGGGAGUUGUUGUGGAAACCAAAGUGAAGAAAGGCGAUGUCGUCGAGCAAGGAGAUCCAUUACUCAGUUUGAGCGCCAUGAAAAUGGAGACCACGGUGUCGGCCCCAGUGAGUGGCACUGUCGUCUUUUUCGAAGUCACCGCUGGAGACCAAGUCGAAGCCGGAGACCUGUUGGUCGAAAUUGAGGACGAGUAAGGUGCUGGUAGGAAAAGCUGCAAUAUAAAGGUAGUGGACGGCACGAAAGGCGGUACAUAAAAUUUGUAGGCUCGCGAACCGACGUAGGAAGGCAGCUCCAUUCAACUAAUAUAAUAAAAUUUACAUUUACUGCGACC